AUGCAGCCUCGACGGCCCUUGUCCUCCUCUCGCGCCUCUGCGCGUGCGUCAGCCGCAUCUCGCCCGCAACCGCAUAGGACCGUGAGCAGCGACGGGGCAUCUCGGUCGCAGACAACGACCCCGAUGUACAGGCCGCUGCGCUACGUGGGCCGUGGCAGCUUCGGUGUCGUUCUUCUCGCCGAGGAGGUGCAUACAGGUGACAAAGUUGCCAUUAAGCGUGUCCACUAUGACGCCCGCCUUCACAACCGCGAGGUGGCGAUCUUGAACUCCGUUCUCGUCGACAACCCGCGGCACCAGCAGCCAUCGAACACUGCUGUCGACAGCAAUGACACGUCGCGGCUCCCCGAUGGCGCGACAAGGAUCUCGUCUACCUCCUCUCCGUCGGCAUUGUCGUCCUCGCACACCGUGGAGGACGUGCACCUGUGGCCUGGUACACACCAUCCGAACAUCGUCGAACUGCUCGACUUCUAUGUGACCUACGACACUGCCUCGUCAGAGCAAGUGCUGGGGGCGGAUAUGGUCGGCACCGGGGGUGCCGGUGCGGGUUUUGAGUUUCUGCCAUCGCACCACCCCACAGCGCAUCGGUACCCGUUGAGCGGUGGCAGCGGUGCCGCCUCCGCGAGUGCCCCGCCCGCUUCGGCUCCCCUGGCGGCGUUUGCAUAUCUCGAGAUGGUGAUGAGCUACUUACCGAUGGACCUGUGCUAUGUGAAGAAGUACUAUUUUCGCUUCCACGACAUGCCCACCAUGGUGACAUCCAGUUCGUCAUCUCCCCUCGCUUCGCCGGAGCAGGCACCGACAGAUCUGUCGUCCGGCGAGCUGCCGGAAGGCACGGCAGACCGCUCCCCGGCGUCACCCAAGCACGCCGGGACCGGCUGCAACGGCAGCAACAGCAGCCGCCACGGCAGCACCGGCAGCAGCGGUGCUGAUGUUUGCAACCACCUUCCCCUGCGCUGGGUGAAGGUGGUGCUGUUCCAGCUGGCCCGGGCGCUGGCUUUCAUGCAUGUGCGUCAUGUUUGCCACCGUGAUUUGAAGCCUGCCAACGUCCUUGUCGACCCGGACACCGGCCGCGUGCGGCUCUGCGACUUUGGCAGCGCGAAGCUGAUAGCGCGACCUGGAGAGGAGAAGAACGUGUCAUAUAUUUGCUCCCGCUACUACCGCGCCCCUGAGCUACUUUUCGGCGCACUGCACUACGGGUGCCCCGUGGACAUGUGGUCGUUUGGCUGCAUCGCCGCGGAGCUCUUGCGCGAGUCGGGCAAGCCCCUCUUCCGGGGCUGCACCACGAUUGAUCAAAUGGCGGAGCUGUUCAAGGUGCUGGGGGCGCCGUCGAAACGGGAGAUGUACGCCAUGAACCCCCAGUGUGCAGAGGCGCUGCUGCGCACCCGCGCCAUGCACCGUCACCAGAGCCUCGACAACGAUCCUCAUUCUGGCAGCCGCGGCGGCGUUCGGCAGGGCCGAUCCUGCGGGCUGGAACUCGAGGUGGACUACCAGGUGGAGGAGGACAACGACGUCGAGUUGCGUGGCAGCGCGCGGCAGGGCGGGUAUGACGUCGAUAGUCAUGGAGAAUUUUUGCGCGACGCGCUAGACGAUGGACUCUCGUCCCAGACUUCGGCAUCGCCUGGAAUGGCGACGGCAUCGCCGCCGCCGUCCUCCACCAAAGACCCUCGGGAUUACAAGACGAGGUUCUCUGCGUCACCGUCAACUGCAGCCACGGCGACGCUGGAUGACGUGGCACCUACGCCGUUUGAGGAGUACUACGAUGUGCUGAAGGUGCGCGCGAUACCGUGGCGAAGGCUCUUCCCCGCUGACACGCCUAUGGAGGCGGUGACGCUUGUUGCAUCGUUGCUGUGCUACGCGCCUGACAAGCGGCUCACUGCGGCGGAGCUGGUUGAACACCCCUUCUUUGACGACCUCUUCAGCGCUGCAGAUGCCCAACUGAGGACAGGAGACCUCGAUCCUGCAACUGCUAUGGAGAGUGGAGCGACAAUGUCCCCCAGCGACGAUGACGGGGUUGCAUCUGCGGCGCUGCGGCUGCCGAACGGCCGCCUGAUGCCAUUGUCUAUGUUCCAGGUCACGGAGGUCGAGCGAGGCCUGUACACAGACGCCUUCCUCACGCGCAUGGCGCGACAGGCGGAGCUGGUGGCAGCGGCCAUGAAGCAAGACGAAUACCCAUGA